CUCCAGGCUAUCCAAGAUACAAAGACCAAUUUGACUGUUUGGCCAGCCAUUUAUGUUGAUUCCAACGAAACAGCUUAUGAAGCUCAGGUGACUGCUCUGAGCGAUGCGUUGACGACUUAUGGCGUGGAUAACGUUGAGGGGGUUAUCGUCGGAAACGAAUACAUUCUAAACACGGCGGGUUCAUCGACCAACACAUCCGCAUCGUACCUCACAGCUGUGGAAACGAUCACGAGCAAAGUCGCCGAUGUCAAGUCGAAGCUCUCAGCUUUGAGUCUUUCAAAGACGUUACAAGUUGGCACAGCCGAUGCUGGGUCGAUCUUAUCUACGACGCUGGCCGAGGGUAUCGAUUUUUAUAUGGCCAAUGUUCACCCGUACUUUGGUUCCGUGGCUAUACAAGAUGCAGCGACUUGGACCACUGAAUUCUUUGGGAACUUUGAUACCUCUGUCGCUGCGACCGCUUCCAACCAACCGGCCUCCUUCAUCGCUGAAACCGGCUGGCCCACUCAGUCUAUGGAUAAAAAAGAUGCCAGUGACGGUGCUGGGUCACCUCAGGGUGAUGCCAGUGUGGCAAAUUUACAAACAUUCCUGGAUACUUUUGUAUGUCAGGCUACGACCAAUGGAUCUGCAUAUUUCUACUUUGAAGCAUUCGACGAACCAUGGAAGGCUCAGUUUGGAGGGGUUGAACCUUAUUGGGGGUUAUUCGAUUCGGAUAGGAAUUUGAAAAAGAUUACUAUACCUCAGUGUUAA